UAUGAGACGAAAAACCCUUCGUCUUCGUCUUCUUGCUCACGCUCUCCAUCUCUCUCUCACUCGCACACACAGUCGAUCAUGAGUUCGUCGAGUUCUUCUCCAUCCAUACCUUUUAGAUCGAAGAAACGGCUGUUGGAUUCUCCAUGUCCGAAGGCUGAGCGGAAAAACUCUAAUUCGACGUCGAUGGAUUUACCCACGCCGGAGAAGCCUCCGGAGAACAUGCUCACCCGAUCGAGGAACCGAGGUAUCGCUCUCUCCGUGAAAGAGAUUCGCCAAGCCGCUGAUUCCCGUCGCAGAUCUGAGUAUCCGAAGGUGGAGACCAGAUCGGCUAAGAACAAACUCGUAUUUCCGUCCAGUGAUUCCUCUACUUCGUCGCCCUGUGAGCGGAAAAUCGGUACAUUGAGUGGGGGGAAGGAGAAAUUGCCAGAGAAGUACGAGACGUUGGCUGAAUUCUUCGAUGGCCUGGAUAACGCAAUCCGAUUAUCAAAAUUGAAAAAUUCGAUGCCGACAUUUUCCAAUAUUUCUGCGAAAAUCGAGUAUUUAACUGAGAGGAGGUUUUUGUACUGUCACUUGGCUCAGAUGAAGCACAUUUUGCCAGAGGCUAUCGAGAUUAAGCGAGUACUGACGCUCGAUGAGAAAACUAGUUGCAUGAAACCCGACCUUCAUGUCACUCUCAACCCCGACGCAAUUUUCGCUGACAAGUCUAAUUCAGAGAGCAAGAACAUCAACCUCCGGAAAGUGUUCCGAGCAAGACUUGCAGAUUUUGUUAAAGCUCACCCUCAGGAUGAGGAAGUUCCUGAAGAACUGCUGCCUGAACCUUUUAAUAGAAAGAAACAGAAUGAAGGUUCAACUGAUGAGGCGGUCUCCUCGUCCUUGGUUGACGAGCACUCAGCUUCACAUCCAUUUCUGUCUUUCCAGGAGAAUAACUCCAAUGAGAAAACGGUCUCUGCUGGCUUAUCUAGCACCAAGAGAUCUACAGUUAAAUCAUCGUCCUCCUGCCCAACUGGAACCCUUUUGCAAGUUAGCUCUCCCAAUGACGAAAUGGCUUCAACUCCAGCUAAACCAUCGUCAUCUCAGUCUCGAGUUGCUUCAACUCCAGUUAAACCGGUGGCAACCCCAGCUAAAGUAGAUUCAGCCUCGGUGGUAGUAACACCGGCUAAAGUUGCAUCAACACCUGUUAAAGCCGCUUGUACUCCUCCUGAACUUGCUUCAACUCCUGCCCGGCUGAUCGGGGCCUCGCUAGUGGCACAGCCACAGAAAGGAAGUGCUCAUGCCAGAGUUGACGAUUCUUCUGCUAGCCCUCCAAAUAAGCUGAUGAGGCGUCCUUCUGCGCUAAGGCCUCUGAAUUUUGAUGGCUUUACAGAGGACAAGAAAGCUAUGGAAGUAGCGGAUGAUGAAAUCGCUAAUGAAGCAUCAGAGGAAGGCACAUCCAUUGACGAUGAUAUCCUCCAAAUUCUUCCUGAUACCCUCCUACAAUCAAUUCGGGAACAAGAGAAGAAGGCGAUAGAGGAUCAAGAUCCAGCAAUCUCACAGGCGAAGAGGCGGCGUAAGAUGAUUGCCUGUCUGCCUAGACUGUUCAACGUCACUCAUUUCUUGUUUCAGUCGAUAAGGCGGUCAGUCAUCACGAAAGAAGAACUCGUGCACAAGAUUAUCGCGGGCCAUUCUGAUAUUUGCGACAGAAGGGAGGUAGAGGAACAGCUAAACUUAAUGCUAGAACUAGUUCCAGAUUGGAUUACAGAGAAAAGAUCAUUCAGUGGGGAUCUUCUAGUAUGCAUAAAGAAAAUGGCAUCCCCUGAAUCAAUUAGAGCUCGCCUAGAAGAAGAAAGCAGGCAAGGAAUGGCUCCAGUUUCUUGAGAUCAUCUCAGAUGGGAGGGAGGCCGUUGGCUUUUGGACAACCUCGGAUCAGAUGUUAUGCUAGGUCAGUUAGUAGGGGGCUUCAUGUAUUUAUUGUAUGAACACUAACCCUCGGAUUAACUUGUAUGUCUAUAAGAAAUCAUAUGGUAAAACCCCAUAAGUUAAUCGUUAAACCAAGUUUUAGGAGAUAGUUUUCAAGAUUAGCAGCCAAAGCAUGUUUUUUUCUGUAACAAGGAACCCUCCGAGAAAACGAAUCUUUAUUCAGAGGAAAUGUGAAAGGGAAAGUGAGAGGGUUCUGGUUC